AUGUGCCAACUUCUCCAGGACCCCGACGGAUACUACGACCAUAUCAGACGAUAUUCUACUGCCGUGAUUUUAGCUUCUGUAUUUGGACAACGUGGAGCUGAAUUCAAUUCGCCCAAGGUUCGAGCGCUUUAUCACGCGCAGGAACAAUUCACUUCUAUCUUGGAGCCGGGUGCCACACCCCCGGUGGAUGCAUUCCCCUGGCUAAAAUAUUUACCACAGGUCUUCGCUAGCUGGAAGAUUAAGGCAAAGGCUAUUCGGGCUGAACAACGAUCCUUGUACUUUGGGUUGAUGGAAGAAACAAAAGCUGGGAUUGCCAGGGGGGCUACAACAGGCUCCUUCAUGGAACGAGUCCUACAGGACCAACCCAAAACCGGACUGGAUGAUGAGCAUGUUGCUUAUCUUGGUGGAAUCCUGAUGGAGGCGGGAUCUGAUACUACCGCGUCGACCCUACUCUCCUAUAUACUGGGAAUUAUCAGCAAUCCGGCCGCGCUUAUAAGAGCCCGAGAUGAACUAGACAGCAUCUGUGGCACUGAACGCUCACCAACCUUUGGCGAUCUGGACAAAUUACCGUAUUUGAGAGCCUGCAUGAACGAGACACUGCGAUGGCGCCCUGUUGCCCCUGGUGGUAUCCCACAUAUGCUAAUCCAAGAUGACUAUUAUGAAGGCUACUGCCUUCCCAAAGGAACAAUUGUCUUUGCAAAUACAUGGUCCAUCCACCGAGAGAAAGAAGAGUACACUGCAGGUGACGAAUUCUCGCCUGACCGCUUUCUGAACAACAGGUUUGGCUCGGUGGAAAACGGAGAGGGGAAUGAUCAUCGGAGAACUACAUAUAGCUUUGGGGCAGGGCGUCGCGUGUGCCCUGGCCAACGACUGGCAGAGAACUCCUUGAUGCUCAAUAUGGCCAAGAUUACUUGGGGCUUUGAUAUCUCCGAAAAGAAUCUAGACAUUGACUGGGAUCCAAAAACUGCGUAUACAGACGGGUUUGUCUUCUCUCCCAAAAGGUUCCCAGUGAAUAUAACUCCGAGGACUCAAAAUCAUCAAAAGGUCUUUGAGGCUGAGCUUCAGGCCCAAAGGAACAUUCUUGCGAGAUACGAGCAUUGA